AUGUCGACCUCGUCUGGAUCGACCAGCAUCACACUCACCUCCUCGGGCCCGGCCCUUUGGCUACCCUGGAACAAGUGGGAGACUGUUGGUGUCAAUAUAUCUCAGGUGCCAACAGAGGCAACUACCCAGGUCCUAUGGGAAGCCUUCUCCAAGGAGGGCGAAGUCUGUUCCAUCGAUAUCUUUGAUGACCGCCAUGGAAACCGAGGCUCAAAGGGCCGCAUCCGUUUCAAGCCACCUCCAUCAAAUCCGUUUUGGAAAAAUGGGAAUUAUGAUAUCCUUCUACCCAGCGGGCGCAUUGCGAGACUCGUCGUCUCGCUUGAUCUGACCCCGCCGAGUCCCUUCCUAAGAAGCCCCAGCCGCGAGGAUGUACUGUAUCCCAGGGAAUGUCAAAACCUGCCGUGCAAGAGGAUUGAUGUUGGGAUUCUCAUGGACGAAUCCACCACUUGUGCCAUGCGCAUUUUCCAGCAGGAACCCAAACCCAUGAUUGCGGUGGAUGUCCCGUCAAAGGCAUUGUUUGCCUACUUCGGCGUCACCAUACAUGAAACUCGGCCAUUUACGCCUGGCGGACCAGAGGUCAACCCGUCCACUUUCAGGGUGAAGAUACCCUUCCUCCAGCUCGCACAGCUGUGGGAGGUUCAUGACCCAGAAUCCCACGAAAUGUCUCUUAUCGUCAUCCUGGACUCUCCACCUGUGUAUCAUAGACAGUCCACAGAUAUUCUGGCCACUUUCAAUACGCAAAGUAGUUGGCGAGACACGGAUCUGUGGCUGCGUCAAACAUGCAUUGCCCACAAUCUCGGGGCUCAGGACCAGGCCAAAAUCAGUCUGCGCAGGUCAGGUCAGAUUGUUGAUCUUGGCAGAUGGAAUGUUUUCAAGUUUACAUUCUCCACUAGAGACCUCCUGGAGCAAGAUUACAAGUUCUUCAUAGGGAUGUUAAGGGACCACAAUAUCUCUAUCGACGAUGGGAAGCAUUUCAGAACUGUUUUGGAGCGCCCAGAGCCUGUGUGGCGCUGGAUUGAUAUAUCCGACUCUAAAGCACGGUUUCGUUCAACGCUCGAAGAGAUGGCUCAUAAUGAUUAUGUCUAUCUUCCAUUCGAAAUUCGGUACCAAUUGGAGGUUUGUCUCUCUCAAAGGCAUCUCUCUGAAUUCACGAUGUCGCGUGAAUUUAUUGUGCGUCUCAUGGAACUGGGAGCUGCUUCGGCCGUAAGACUCCUGGAGCACGUUGCCACGAACAAAGAACAGUAUCUUGACCCAAUGAAGAUCUUCAAGAUCAGAUACCCAAAGGGCAUCUCUGAUUCAGCCAUUCCUAGCUACUGCUGCUUCAUGCGUACUGCACGUGUGACACCAACCACUGUUCACUACAACACUCCGACGAUCGACACCUCGAAUCGGGUGACCCGCAACUACCAAGAGUUCCUCGAUCGCUUUCUUCGCGUUCGAUUCACGGACGAAAAGACUCAAGGUCGGAUCUAUUCAUCGCCUUUCAAGUCAAAUGACGAGAUCUUCGUUCGGAUCAAGAGAACCUUAACAAAUGGUAUCACCAUUGGGGAUCGCCACUAUGAGUUUUUGGCCUUUGGUAACUCUCAGUUCCGUGAACAUGGCGCAUAUUUCUUCGCUCCGACUCCCAAUCUGACAGCUGCUCACAUUCGGGCUUGGAUGGGUCAAUUCAAUCAUAUCCGAAAUGUCGCUCGUUAUGCUGCACGGUUGGGGCAAUGCUUCUCAACGACGCGAGCUCUUGCUGGCUGCAACGUCACUGUCAAACAGAUACCCGAUAUCAUCCGCAAUGGGUACUAUUUUUCUGACGGUAUCGGAAAGAUCUCGAGAUUCACGACUAGAGUAAUCUCGGUGGAAAUGGGUAUCUUGAAUCCCUAUGGCGAGCCUCCAUCAGCUUACCAGUUCCGGCUGGGUGGGUGCAAGGGCAUGUUAACUGUUUCGUCUGACCCGAUCGUAAACGAUGUGCAUAUUCGCCCAAGUCAAAUCAAGUUUGAGGCCGAACAUAAACGCUUGGAGAUCAUUCGAUGGUCACAACUCUCCGCCGCUACGCUCAAUCGCCAGCUGAUCUUAGUUCUAUCCGCUCUCGGCAUCAAAGGACAAGUCUUUCAUGACAGGCUCAAUACCAUGUUAGAGAGCAUCAGAUAUGCCAUGGAUAGUGACAAACAGGCUAUUGAAUUGCUUGAAAAGUUCAUCGACCCGAACCGGACGACGUUGGCGCUGGCGGAAAUGGUGUCUGCCGGGUUCCGAAGGACGAAUGAGCCUUUCGUCAGUUCCAUGUUGGCUCUAUGGAAGUCCUGGCAUCAAAAAUACCUCAAAGAGAAAGCCAAAAUCUUGGUUGAAGAGGGUGCUUCACUUCUUGGAGUUCUCGAUGAAACUGGCACCCUCAGGGGUUACUUUAAUCGCGCGGAAGAGAAGCUGGCAGCCCUCCCGGAGAUCUUUAUUCAAGUCAGCAGCAUGGAAAAAGGUGUCCGUCCCAGAGUCAUCCAGGGAGUAUGUAUUGUCGCUCGAAAUCCGUCGCUUCAUCCAGGUGACAUUCGUGUUGUGCGUGCUGUGGAUUGUGAGGCGCUCAGGCACUUGGUCGACGUGAUCGUGUUCCCGCAGACCGGUGACCGGGAUGUCGCGAGUAUGUGCUCUGGGGGUGAUCUCGACGGUGAUGACUAUAUGGUCAUCUGGGAUCAGGACCUUGUUCCAAAACAGUGGUUCGCAAAGCCCUUGAUCUAUUCCAGCAAUAGGGCUCCAGAUCUGGACCGCCAAGUGACUAUCAAUGAUAUCACCUCGUUUUAUGUCACGUACAUGAAGAAUGACAGCCUGCCGCGAAUUGCGCAUGCUCACAUGGCACAUGGGGACCAUCUUUUAAAUGGUGUAUACGAACCGAAGUGCGUCCGCCUUGCCGAAUUGCAUUCGGAUGCUGUGGAUUACAACAAGACAGGGAUCCCUGCUGUCAUGGAAAGAGGCCUUGAACCACGGGUCUGGCCGCACUUCAUGGAUAAAAAGAACAAAAGGUCUUACCAUUCCAAGAGAAUCCUAGGCCAACUUUAUGAUGCUGUCAAGACGGAGGAUUUCUCGCCAAAGUUGAGCAACCCAUUCGACUCCCGGAUCCUCGAAUGCAGCCUGGUGGAGGCAAGCAAGAAAUUCGAGCAGUUUGCUAGUGAGCUAAAGGUAAACUAUGACACAUCAAUGCGGCGGAUUAUGGCACAGUAUGGAAUCCAGACCGAGUUCGAGGUCUGGACAACAUUCGUUCUUGAGCACAAUUCCAUGUCCAGGGACUACAAACUGCACGAAGACCUGGGAAAGGUUGCGAGUGGCCUCCGAUCGAGCAUCCAAGAGCAAUGCUACAAACAUCUUGGAGGAAAGCGAGAUUUUGGACACGUUGCACCGCUGGCAGUCGCCAUGUAUCGCGUCACUCAUCAAGAGGUCCAAGAUGCCCUUGCAACUCUGCGAGGCGAAGUUGCCUACGAUGACCACGAUGAUGUCCCCGACUUACCCGACGAGCAGGAAAUCGAGAUCACCAGACUGCCUCUCAUCAGCUAUCCUUGGGUCUUCUAUAGUGUCCUGUGCACAGUGGCCAGGAGCGCCGUUGAUGAGUUGCAGAAUGCACUGGCUGAAGCGCAAGCCAUCGAUGCCAGAAAGGCCCCGUCCAAAUUCUUCACUCAUGCCGAGGUCAUGAAGAUCGUUGGCCAGACUGAUUUCACCGUUCGAGAUGAAGCUGGGGCCAGGGCACCUGCAGAGACAGAUGCAGAAUUUGGACACCAUGGGUUAGAUCGCGACCUCUAUGAGAACGAUCUCUACCAAGAGACAGGAGGCGGUGGUUUCUCUUCGGUUCCAAAAGAAGAGAUGAAACAGGAUGAUGGAAAGGACCGAGAUGUCGUUGUGACUGCUAAUGAUGGAAGAGCCUCCGCAACGGAGUUGGUCUUGCUGACCAAUGAACAUAGGGAGGGUAUCAAGGAGAAGGUUGAGAGGGCUAUUGAGGGACCACUGGGUGAGGAUGACGAUGAGGAUGACGGAGACGUUCACAUCAUUGAGAGGGAAGGCGAUGUGAAGCCUUCCGCAAUCGACGAGUUGAUCACAUUGGUAGGGGACGACUACGAUGCUGAUGAUGAUGACUGGUGA